AUGUUCAGACAGUCAUUUAUCUCAAACUUAACCAGAACCACUAGAUUAACCCCAGCUUAUGCUAGAGGUUUCUCUUCUACCACCCUCAGAGCCUUUGCUAUCCCAAAGACCCAGAAAGCCGUUGUCUUUGAAACAAAUGGCGGUCCAUUAUUAUACAAGGAUAUCCCUGUUCCAACCCCAAAACCAAAUGAAAUUUUAGUUAACGUCAAAUACUCUGGUGUUUGUCACACUGAUUUACACGCCUGGAAGGGUGAUUGGCCGUUGGCCACCAAAUUGCCUUUAGUCGGUGGUCACGAAGGUGCUGGUGUUGUUGUCGCUAAAGGUUCUGAAGUGAAGAAUUUUGAAAUUGGUGACUACGCUGGUAUCAAAUGGCUCAACGGUUCCUGUAUGUCCUGCGAAUACUGUGAAAAGGGUUUUGAACCAAACUGUCCUCACGCUGAUUUAUCUGGUUAUACCCACGAUGGUUCUUUCCAACAAUACGCUACCGCCGAUGCUGUUCAAGCUGCUAAGAUUCCAAAAGAAGCUGACUUGUCUCAAGUUGCUCCAAUCUUAUGUGCUGGUGUCACUGUCUACAAGGCAAUCAAAACUGCUGCUCUCCCACAAGGUAGCUGGAUCGCCAUCUCUGGUGCCGGUGGUGGUUUAGGUACUUUAGCUGUCCAAUACGCUGUUGCCAUGGGCUACAGAGUCUUGGGUAUUGAUACCGGUGAUGAAAAGGCUGCUUUAGUCAAAUCAAUUGGUGGUGAAGCCUUUGUUGAUUUUGCCAAAUCAAAAGACAUUGUUGCUGAAAUCCAAGAAGUCACCAAAGGUGGACCACAUGGUGUCAUUAAUGUCUCAGUUUCUGACAAGGCCAUCUCUCAAUCUUGUGAAUUCGUCAGACCUUGUGGUACUGUCGUUCUUGUUGGUUUACCUGCUGGCGCCGUUUGUCACUCUGAGGUCUUUACUCAUGUCAUCAAAUCUAUCCAAAUCAAAGGUUCUUAUGUUGGUAAUAGAGCUGACACCAGAGAAGCCGUUGAUUACUUUGUCAGAGGUUUAGUUUCCUCUCCAAUCAAAGUUGUUCCAUUAGCUGACCUAGAAAAGGUCUAUGAAUUAAUGGAGCAAGGUAAAAUUGCUGGUAGAUAUGUCUUAGACUGUUCUAAAUAA